UUUACCUAGUCUCAAAUGGUAUCAAAUGCAUCGCAAAGCACAUUUCCCAAUGUUUGGUCACAGAUACAUCACUAAUUUGAAAGUAGAAAAUCUUAUGUCACUUAUGUAAGCGGCCCCAGAACCCCACAUGUAAGAGGCUGUGUGUGUGUGUGUGUGUGUGUGUGUGUGUGUGUGUGUGUGUUUACAGGAAACACCACGUGAAGGACAUCAAGCUAUACAUUCUCUGCUUUGGUCUUGCAGCUUUGACACUUCAGAUGUCAUGCAUCAUGUAUAUUUCCCAUCUUUGGAUAUUUUUUGGUGCUUUGGUGUCUUCAAACGCUCUGGACGGCAGGAAUCCGAAAUGCACAGAGGUCACCGUUAACGCUUCUCUGAAAUCCGAAGCAUUUCUCCCAUGUAACUUUAAUGUAAGCAGCUACAAUGAAACAGUGACGGUGAACUGGAGCAGAGACCACUUUUUCAGUCUCGUGAAGAUCAUGAACAAUGGCAGAAUCUUCUUCGAGAGUCCCAGCGAAGGACGAGUGAAUGUUUUUCCGCUUCUGUCUGAACACGGAAACUUCUCCAUCUUCAUCCGUGAUCUGCAGUCUUCAGACAUUGGCACCUACACAUGCGAGCUCGACACUGAAUGCUGGAAGGUGAAGAUCGUUGAACAUGUGAAGAUCAAUGAACAUCCGAACAGAAACAGUGAGUUAAACCCCUGGUGGUUCUUCGCGGCUGGAGCUGGGUUGCUUAUUCUCCUUUUUAUUGCAUUCAGUCUGUUAUCAAAAUUCUACGAAAAGUAUGUAAAUACAUCAUCUAAAUCAGAUCCAGGUAAUGGAGGACAGAGUGAAGGCAGUAAUAUCCAAGAAGAAAGACAGAAUACAGAACUCGGUGGACAUAGAAACAUGGGAGGUGUGAGGAGGGCCCCCACAACUGUUUAUGAAAAUGACAUCCAUGCUCCGAAUCAAAGUUCUGCUGUGCAGCAGGGGCAGCGUCCUCAGAGAGCUUUCAGAGCUGUUCCUGAAACCACUACAAAUCAUCCUUCAGAUGUAAAACCAUAUUAUGUUAACCAGGCGGAGCUCUCCAUUUCAGCAAAUGCUGGCAAAAAAAGGAAAAAACAAAAACAUUAUCAGUUUAAAAAUCCAAUAUACAAUGACUGAAGUGAUCAGAAGACAACUACAGAAUCCACUUCCACAGAAACCACAACACAUUUCAGACUUCAUAAUAACUUUUCAUUAUGAACAGUUAAAUAUCUCAAUAAAUGCUGAUGUUCAACAUGGUUCAUGGAAGCCACAUUCA